AAGAAAACAAAUAAUAAUAGCAACAAUGGAAAAGAAACCAGGAUGAUAGUAGAGGGUCAACCAGUCAAGUUGCUGCCUUUGCUUUGCUAGCUUCCUUCUCUCUCAUUUCAUCUUCCAAAUCUUCUUCCAUUGAUUCAACUCUCUCCAAGCCGAUGAUUUUGAUGAAAACAUAAUAUCCGUCAAUUAUAACUCAAUCCCUUUUCUUUCUUUUUUCUGUAUCAGUUUCAGAGAUUAGUUUGAUCACACUAAUCUUCCGUCCGAUUCUCCUCAGAAAGAUCACUUAAUGCUUGAAUUGUCUUCAAUUUCGUGAAGUGGGUUCGUUUGUUCUGUCCAGAUUAUGUAGAUUUUCGGGCCAAAAUUAAAGCUCGAUCAAUCUACUCUGUUUUUUCUCUUUAUUCCAGAGACCCAUUUGAUCAUAUGAUCGAUCUUCUAACGUCUUCAUCGGGAUAUGGUACAGAGCUUUUGCUGCAGAGCAGGAGAAGAAAUUUUAUGCUGAUCUUCAUUCUCAAGUGGCUGAAUUCUCAAGAUCUCUGAAUCUUAAUCUGAGCUACCGUCUAUGGCGGAUAAUCGGAAUGUUACUGCAAAAUCUGCAAAUGGGAAAGGGUCGGGUUCCAGCACAGGGUCCAACAAUCCUUAUGCCAUCAAUCUGGAAAACUUUAGUAAGCGGUUGAUAACGCUAUACUCACACUGGAAUGAGCACAAAAGUGACUUGUGGGGUAAUUCUGAUGUGCUUGCUAUAGCAACUCCCCCAACUUCGGAGGAUCUUCGGUACCUGAAAUCGUCAGCGCUCCAUGUCUGGUUGGUAGGCUAUGAGUUCCCCGAGACGAUCAUGGUUUUCAUGAAAAAGCAGAUUCAUGUCAUGUGCAGCCAGAAGAAAGCCUCUCUGCUUGAUGUGGUGAAAAAAUCGGCCAAAGAGGCAGUGGGUGUCGAAUUCAUAAUGCAUGUGAAGCCCAAGAACGAUGAUGGGGCAGGACUAAUGGAGAGCUUAUUCCGUGCAGUCAGUGCUCAGUCGAAGUCAAGUGGUAAUGAAGCUCCUGUUGUUGGAUACAUAGCAAGAGAGGCGCCUGAAGGGAAACUUCUAGAGUUAUGGGAUGAAAAGUUGAAGGAUGCAAGUUUUCAGCUAAUUGAUGUAACAAAUGGGUUUUCAGACGUGUUUGCCGUAAAAGACAACACCGAACUUACGAAUGUCAAAAGAGCUGCGUUCUUGACAUCAUCAGUCAUGAGGAGUUUUGUUGUCCCCAAGCUUGAAAAGGUCAUUGACGAGGAGAAAAAGGUGUCUCAUUCUUCAUUGAUGAAUGAGACAGAGAAGGCUGUACUAGAACCUGCAAAAAUCAAGGUGAAGCUCAAGGCCGAGAAUGUUGAUAUUUGUUAUCCACCGAUCUUCCAAAGUGGAGGAGAUUUUGAUCUGAAACCAAGUGCUUCGAGCAAUGACGAGAAUCUUUGCUAUGACUCUACUAGUGUGAUAAUAUGUGCUGUGGGGUCCCGCUACAACGGCUACUGCUCAAAUGUCGCUCGAACCUUUCUAAUCGAUGCGAACGCUGUGCAGAGCAAGGCUUAUGGGGUUCUCCUUAGAGCCCAAGAAGCAGCAAUCAGUACUCUAAAAUCAGGUAAUAAGAUAAGCACUGCAUAUCAAGCUGCUCUUUCAGUGGUUGAAAAGGAUGCCCCUGAAUUGGCUCCACGCUUAACCAAAACUGCAGGAACUGGAAUUGGUCUCGAGUUUCGCGAGUCGGGGCUUAAUCUUAAUGCAAAAAAUGACCGAUUUUUUAGACCAGGCAUGGUCUUCAACGUGUCACUAGGUUUUCAGAACUUGCAAGCAGAGACGAAGAACCCAAAGACCCAUAAAUUUUCAGUGUUGUUAGCAGAUACUGUUAUUGUCCGUGAAGAUGCCCCAGAAGUAUUGACACAAUCAAGUUCUAAAGCUGUUAAGGAUGUAGCUUAUUCAUUCAAUGAGGAUGAAGAUGAAGAAGAAGAGCGGUUGAACAUAAAAGCUGAGACUAAAGGUGGUGGGACAACCUUGUCUAAGGCGACACUUCGAUCGGACAACCAAGAAAUGUCUAAGGAAGAGUUACGAAGGCAACAUCAGGCAGAACUUGCUCGUCAGAAGAAUGAAGAAACGGCAAGGAGGCUUGCUGGUGGUGGUUCUGCAGCAACUGAUAAUCGCGGUGCUGGGAAGACAAUCGGCGACCUAGUCGCCUACAAAAAUGUCAACGAUCUGCCUCUUCCAAGAGAUUUAAUGAUUCAGAUUGACCAAAAGAAUGAAGCCAUCUUAUUGCCAAUUUAUGGAAGCAUGGUUCCUUUCCAUAUAGCCACUGUGAAAAGUGUCUCCAGCCAGCAGGAUGGUAACCGGAACUGCUACAUCCGAAUAAUCUUCAAUGUGCCUGGAACCCCAUUCAAUCCUCAUGAUGCAAACACCCUUAAAUUUCAAGGAUCAAUCUAUCUGAAAGAAGUUUCAUUCCGGUCGAAAGACCCAAGGCAUAUAAGUGAAGUUGUACAGCUAAUUAAAACCCUUCGCCGACAAAUUGCUUCUAGGGAGUCAGAAAGAGCUGAGAGGGCAACUUUAGUUACUCAGGAGAGGCUGCAGCUUGCAGGAGCAAAAUUCAAACCGAUACGACUACCUGAUCUAUGGAUUCGUCCUCCUUUUGGUGGCCGUGGAAGAAAGCUUUCGGGUUCUCUUGAAGCACAUACAAAUGGUUUCCGCUAUUCUACUUCAAGGCCUGAUGAAAGAGUGGAUGUCAUGUUUGGAAACAUUAAACAUGCCUUUGUCCAGCCUGCAGAGAAGGAAAUGAUCACUCUGUUGCAUUUCCAUUUGCAUAAUCACAUCAUGGUGGGAAACAAAAAGACAAAAGACGUGCAAUUUUAUGUAGAGGUGAUGGAUGUGGUACAGACACUGGGAGGUGGAAAAAGAUCUGCCUAUGAUCCAGACGAGAUCGAGGAAGAGCAGCGUGAGAGGGAUCGAAAGAACAAGAUUAAUAUGGACUUCCAGAAUUUUGUGAACCGAGUUAAUGACUUGUGGGGACAACCCCAAUUCAAAGCACUUGAUCUUGAGUUUGAUCAGCCACUUAGAGAGCUUGGUUUCCAUGGAGUGCCUCACAAGGCGUCAGCUUUCAUAGUCCCAACUUCAAGCUGCUUAGUUGAGCUGAUAGAGACGCCAUUUGUGGUGAUCACUCUAAGUGAGAUUGAAAUAGUCAACCUUGAGAGAGUUGGCCUCGGGCAGAAGAAUUUUGACAUGACCAUUGUGUUUAAGGACUUCAAGCGGGAUGUAUUUAGAAUCGAUUCUAUCCCCUCAACAUCACUAGAUGGCAUCAAAGAGUGGCUUGACACAACUGACCUGAAAUACUACGAAAGUAGAUUGAAUCUCAACUGGCGCCCUAUACUAAAAACUAUCACCGAUGAUCCCGAGAAGUUCAUAGAGGACGGAGGCUGGGAAUUCUUGAACAUGGAGGUUAGUGAUUCAGAGUCUGACAAGUCAGAAGAAUCAGACCAAGGGUACGUGCCUUCAGAUGUACAGUCCGAAUCAUCAGAGGACGAGGAUGAUGAUAGCGAAUCAUUGGUAGAGUCAGAAGACGACGAGGAAGAUGACUCAGAGGAAGGCUCAGAGGAGGAUGAAGGAAAAACAUGGGAAGAGUUGGAGAGGGAAGCGAGCUAUGCAGAUAGGGAAAAAGGAAAUGAUUCUGACAGUGAACAGGAGAGAGCUAGGAGGAAGAUGAAGUCAUUCGGAAAGGCUCGGGCACCAGACAAGAGGAGUCUGGGUGGUAGCCUUCCCAAAAGGCCCAAAAUAAGGAGAUAGAUCAUCUGCUUUUUUUGCCUUACUUUUUAUUACACUUAUCCCCCAGUUUUUACCAUCAGCUGUAGAUGCCUCUUGUAUAAUAGUGUUUUACAAUAUUUAUGUUGUUAAGCUCUAUGAGUGUAGUUUUAUUUGAUUGUAUUGUAAACACAUACUAAAGUUAUGAAGUUUUUUCACUUGUAAGAUAGUGGUGUGAAGAGAAUUCAUGCCCUUUCUUCAUGUUU